AUGAAGGACACCAGGUUCUCUACCUUCAAGCUUUUGAUCGUGGCGAUAUGCCUUGUUCAUCAGUCCCUUGCCAUUGGAGAAAUCCAUCAGGUCGUGGAGUCACUGAAUGAAGUACCCGAAGGGUGGAAACGACGGGAGAGACCCUCACCUUAUACACCUAUCAACUUCCGUCUUGCCCUAAACCAGCCAACUGUGGAAUUUCAGCAAGCGGUUAUCGACAUCUCAACCCCAGCACAUCCAAAAUAUGGCCAGCACAUGACACGAGAGGAAUCGAGGAAGCUGCUGCGCCCUGAACCCGACACCGUGAACAAUGUAAUUACGUGGUUGAUGUCCGAGAAUGUGGCUCCUAACGUGAUUAUUGUCGAGGGCAGCUGGAUUAAGUUUCAGAUUCCGCUCGUGCAGGCAGAGCGUAUGUUGAAAGCUCAGUAUUUUUAUUACCACGAUGCCGCGUAUCAAAACACCCUCAUCCGAACGCUCAGCUACUCGGUACCCGAGACUGUCCAUUCUAACAUUGCACUGAUCCAACCAACGACGCGAUUCGGACAUCUCAGCCCCCACAGCGCCCCUGGACCCGACGAACCAAUUAUUGCCAGUCCGGAGGACUUGACAGCUGAAUGUGGCUUCGUGGUAAGACCCGAGUGUCUUCGGGACUUGUAUGAUGUCAAGAACACUUCGGCAAAACCAGAUUCCCGAAACCGGCUAGGCAUAUCGGGGUUUCUUGAACAGUUCGCCCGUCAUACUGACUUCUACGAUUUCAUGAAUGGGCUCUCGCCGAAGGAGUCCGAUGCGAAUUUCAGUGUCAUCCGUAUCAAUGGCGGCUUGAACGACGAGAAUUUGCCUUCGGGUAGCACCGAGGCGAGCCUAGAUAUACAAUAUGCGAUAUCACUGGCAUACAAUACCUUAGCGACAUUCUAUACCACCGGAGGCCGAGGACCACUGGUGCCAGACGCGGAACAACCAAAUGUCAGCCAGUCUUCGAAUGAGCCUUACCUCGAGCAACUUCACUAUCUUAUAAAUCUGCCCGAUGAACAGUUGCCAGCAGUGCUUACCACUUCUUACGGCGAGGCAGAGCAGACUGUUCCGGCUUCAUAUGCCACGGCAAUCUGUGAUUUGUAUUCGCAGCUCGGGGCACGUGGCGUGUCAGUCAUAUUCAGCAGUGGAGAUUCCGGUGUCGGAAGUUCUUGUCAAAGGAAUUAUGGAUCGUAUCAAACAAGAUUUCUCCCAGGAUUUCCAGCCUCGUGCCCCUUUGUUACCUCCGUUGGUGGGACAUACAGUCAUAGACCAGAGAGAGGGGCAAGUUUCUCAGGCGGUGGCUUCUCUGAGGUAUUCCCCCGCCCUGCAUAUCAAAAUGAAGCAGUGCAGGGUUAUUUUGGUCAAUUGGGUGACCAAUGGAAUGGACUAUACAACCCCCAAGGAAGAGGAAUUCCCGAUGUCUCAGCUCAGGCAAGUGGGUACUUGAUUCGGGACCAUGGGAUGUAUAUGAGAAUUAGUGGAACAAGUGCAUCCGCGCCCGUAUUCGCGGGCAUUGUGUCUCAACUAAAUGCGGUUCGUUUGGCACAAGGCAAGCCUCGUAUGGGGUUUCUUAACCCUUGGCUCUAUAGUACGGGGGUGUCUGGGUUCACCGACAUCGUAGAUGGAGGCUCUCGGGGCUGUUAUGGCGAUACACAUGGAGUUUCUGUUCCCUUCGCAAGCUGGAAUGCCACCACUGGAUGGGAUCCUGUAACGGGACUUGGAACACCCUUGUUCUCAAAGCUGGCUGAGCUGGCUCUUUCCGAGCAUGCGACCUAA